CACCUCUUCUUCAAUCAUGGCGACAACCGGGGCCCGGGCUCCUCCACCACGCAGAGCGUCCACUCUUUCCACUUCUCCACCCCCGAGUAAUGCCAUAACCCGUGGGGCGACCGCAAGAUCAGCCGUUUCGCCCCGCGUGUCGUCAACGCUGGCUCCUGGUAGACGCAGUUCUAUCAAGGCAGCCGCACUACCAGAAGCUCGAGAUUCGCUCUCGGCAUCGCUCAAGCAAGAAACAGACCAGAAAGAACAGCUGCUGGUUCAGGUGCAAGAGAAAGAACAGACCAUCUCGUCCCUGUCUACAGAGAACGCCAAUCUUACCUCAGCCUUACAUGCUGCAGAAACUAGAAUCAAUGAACUAUACGCGGACCAAUCUCGGUCCGAACUUGAACUGGCUCAGCGAAUAGAGAUCACCGAGAACUUGCGAGCGCAGCUGCGUGAAUCGGAGAAGGAGAAGAGAGACGUGCAACGACGUUACAAUGAACAGAUAAGCACCUUCGAAGCCGAGCGUCAGGCCUUUUACGACAAUGAGCAACAUCUCAAAUCGCGCAUCAUGUCGCUCAUGCAAGCCAGGAAGCAACCGGAACGGAUUCCGCAGCCGGCUUCUCCUACGCUAGACACUGAAUCGAUUGUAGAGCCCGAGGAGCAGGAGGAACCUUCACGAGAGGCAGAUGACCCCACACAGAAUAUGGACGAUCCGGAAACUGAGCCGGCCGAGAUGACCGCUCUCCGACUAGAGCUGUCGACAUUGUCGACAUCCUACUCCUCCCUACAGAACACACUUGUUCUGCUUCAGAGCCAGUUGGUGGACCUGAAGAGAGUGAACCAUGAACUGCAGGAAGAGAACGAAAGCUACAUGAUCUUGCUCCGGGAGAAGACGCUGAGUGGCCAAUUCGAUGUGAUGCGCCAGGUUGGGGGUGGGUCCAUCACCGAUGAUGAUGAUGAUGAGGCUGCGAGUCUCAGUGUGCGCAGUGUACGCAGUGUGGCGCGUAGCACGUUGGACAAGGUUGACGAGGAAGAUGAUCAGCAGGAGGAGGAAGAGGAGACCCUGGAGCAACAGCUUGAACGCAGUCUCGUCCCGCCACCCGAGUCUCCUGUGCGAACUGGUCGCUCUCCACGCAAACGCACUGGCUCUCAGUCACAUUCGCCCAGUGUGCGAGGCGAAACGCUCGCCGAUCUGCCAAUCACUGGGCCUGGUCUCGAUCUUGCAGCGGAAUUGGGUCGUGCAGAGAACAAGGACAUCCUGGAUGGGAACAUGGUCGACGAUAAUGACCGCUCCGGGGCGAAGAAACGAUCCAAAAAGAGCUCGUCUGGACGACAAGACGACUCUGCACUGGGCGGUAUGCCAUUCAGCGACGUGGAAGCACUUCGAUCAGAGGUCAAAUCGCUCAAGGAUGCCAACAAAGCGUUGUCGCUGUAUGCGUCCAAGAUUAUCGACCGCAUCAUCUCGCAGGAAGGAUUCGAACAUGUUCUCGCCGCUGAUUACGAGCCGCCCACCCCAUCAACUGCAGCGCCGGCACAAAUGAAGCUUCCGACUUCGCCCCUUCUUCUUACGAAGCCCAGGGCCCAGUCAUUCAUCGUUGGGGACCGAUCUAAGUCUUUUCCGAAUACACCGCAGAUGGGCUCUCCUCACGUGCUGCCAACGGCGCCCAAGCUCGGCACGCCCCCGGAUCCCAAGGCCAAGCGGCGAUCGCUUUCAUUCGACUGGAAAGGAUUUUCGAUCUUCAGCGACAAGAAGUCGGCAGAAAAUCCCAAUCUGCGUCCUUUGACGUUGAAGCCAGGUUCUGGCGCCGUCACUGGUGCCCGAAAGCUGGAGAAAAAUCCUGAAGAAGACGACGAAGACCGAAAGGAACGAGAGCGACUCAAUGCGACCAUGAAGCUGAUGGGAAUCCAACCCCAGCCGUCACCGAUCAUCCCGCCAAUAGCAACACCGCCUCUGCAGGCAGCCAGUGUGCCUGCUACUCCUUCGCGAUUCUCGUUCUUUAGUCGAACACCAGCACCGGCGCCGCCGCCACGAUCAGACUCCGACUCCGUCUCGGUUCACUCGGAAUCUGGUCGGAUCGGGCUUGGGCUUGGCCCGCCAACUCUCACGGAAGAAGCACUCGAGCAUGCCGAAGCUGAAAACUCGCUCGCAGCUUUGGAUGCCCACGAACGGACGCUGAGUGCCGAGAUUGCCAAAGGCUCUGGGGGUGGAUUUACCGAGAUCGCUCGGCGCCAACCAGGAAGCCGGCGUGCGAGGCGCAGUGCUGCCGGCAGCAGUGGAAAUGGCAGCACUGUUUGGAGUGCAGGAGAAGACGACGAUUAAACAUCAUGCAUUCAUCAUUCCAUAUUUAUUCUCAUCAUCCGGAAGAUAUCCUUAGGGUCUGGAUAAUUGAUGCAUACUAGGAAUACCCUAGUUGCUAAUGACAUGAUCAUGCCUCACGAGAGUGUUCUGGGCGUGCGUGCGGAUGGUGGCAAACGGGUUGGAAGCGAACUCCGAUGUCUUCAGAAUCAGCGGUUGUCGCAGCUUUUCAGUUUUCCUAAAAGAGUGCCGUGUUAGAGUACAUAUACAAGGCGUGGGGACCGGGCGCACAAUGCUUUGGCCCUCUGCGCUUUUGACAACGUCGCGCUUUUCCCUUCUCCGAUCUGCCCUUGCUUGAGCUUGGGCUUCUUCGGUUUUGCGUCUGUCGUGGCGCCUGGCGCAUCCACGACAGCUUCGUCGUCCACAGCAGCAAGCGCAUGCUGGAUCUCGUCCAUCCCACCUCCGACCUGCUCUUUCGCUUUACGUUUUAACCGUUUUGCGUGCGAUUUGGAGUAGGGCGACUGGCUCGCCAUCAGACGUUCCAAGAGCGCUUCCCGCUUCAACUCUGGACCCUGCAGCAAAUCUGCGGCCUAUCUAUAUCAUGGUCUGCGCGGCUGCCAUAGAUCGGGUAGCGUACCGCAGAGUCGAACUCAGCACCGAUUUCGAUAUUGAACAGCGGAACGAUAGUGCCUUU